ACCACUUUCUCUUUUAACCACCUCCUUUUCCGUCUUUACCCCUUUAUUCUUCCCUCCCCUUUCCUUUCUGCCAAACAGUUCUUCAUAACCAAAGAAAGUGAAAAACUAAAACAAUAGUAGAGAAAAGCGAACUCUUGUAGAUCAGACUGCAACUUUCUCUGUUAAUCAUCUCAUUUUCCCUUCUCUUUCUUCCACCCUUUCCUUCUCUUUCCUUUCUGCCAAACAACCACCACCACAAAGAAGAAGAAGAAGAAGAUGAUGAGCUGUUGUAGUAGUAGGCCUAGAACUCUGUCUCCGACCAAAGUCUCCUCACCAGAACAACCAAAUCAAGAAAACACAUCACCCAGAGAUGUGAAACACGAAAUUCUUUUACGAAUUCCCGGAUGCAAAGUUCAUCUGAUGGAGGAAGGGGAGGCAGUAGAACUCGCCAAUGGCGACUUCUCUCUCUUCCGCGUAUCAGACGAAAACGUUGUACUUGCAACCACGGUCAAAGUUGGCGAUGAACUCCAAUGGCCUUUGACAAAUGAUGAGCCAGUGGUGAAACUUGAUGCUUUGCACUACCUUUUCUCUCUGCCCAUGACAGAUGGUGAAGAGCCUUUGAGCUAUGGGGUGAGUUUUCCUGACGGUGGUGGGAGUUUGGGCUCGUUGGAUUCAUUCUUGAAAGAGCAUUCUUGCUUUUCCUGUUCACCGGAGUCGAAUCGAAAUAGGGGUGUGAAUUGGAAGGAGUAUGCUCCUGCCGUUGGGGAUUACAAUAAUUUCUUGGCAAAGGCAAUUGCUGGAGGGACUGGUCAGAUUGUCAGGGGGAUCUUCAAAUGCAGCAAUUCUUACACCAACCAGGUGCAAAAGGGAGGGGAAAUGAUUCUAACUCAAGCUGCAGAGGAGAAAAACAGUGCCUCAGCAAGAGAAACUAAGACCAACAAAGCUGGUGGCUCCACAAAGAAAAGCGGAUUAAAUAAAAGCCUAAAACGUGUCAGACAGCUGUCGAGGAUGACAGAGAAGAUGAGCAAAGUAAUGCUUGAUGGAGUUGGGAUUGUGGCCGGUUCAGUGAUGGGUCCGGUGGUUCGAUCCAAACCUGGGAAGGCAUUCCUAGCCAUGGUUCCAGGAGAGGUCCUCUUGGCUUCGCUGGAUGCUGUCAACAAAGUCUUGGAUGCAGCUGAAGUUGCUGAGAAACAAGCCCUUUCUGCCACCUCUGCUGCCACAACCAGAAUGGUUAGCCAAAGGUUUGGAGAGAAUGCAGGGGAGGCAACAGGACAUGCGCUUGCAACAGCAGGGCACUGUGCUGGCACAGCUUGGAAUGUGUUGAAGAUUAGGAAAGCCAUCAAUCCGGCAUCAACUGUUUCUUCAGGAGUCCUAAACAGUACAAGAAAAAGCAAGAAUUCUUCUUGAAGAACCCCAUGGAAUUUCGUUUUGCGAUAUCAUCCGGAAGAAUGACAUGGAAACAAUGCCAGACAUCUCUGCAAUGAUUUUGUCUAACUUAUUGUGUUGAAACCCUGGAACAAUGCCAAUGUUGUGUUUAAUAUUUCUAAAAUCAGUCCAAUUGGAUGACAAUAGUGAGUGUGUAAAUAUGUAUUAAAAUGUGCAUAAAGUACACAAAAAUGCGUAUUUUUUUUUGUCU